AUGACGAGUCAGAGUCCUCCCUCUGCCGCUACUCCCAGGCUACUCGAUCCUGAUCUCCAACUGAGAUUAGUCAUGCUCUACUUCGAUAGGCCCGAACACGGCUCCGUUCGAUCCGACGACCCGGGCAGCGUCGCACGACACGACCCUUCACGGGUUGCAGACGAGUGGCGUCGCUACGAGUCUGCCCGUCGCCCGCACCAGUCAAAGCAGCGACAUUCCCUCCAGUAGGGUCAACACCACUCCCAAAAGAACUUCCUCGGUGACAUUCACCGCGCCACUACUUGACGAACCAGCUCAGGUCCUCAAACGUGGGCCACGGACCGUCGAAACAGAUUCGAACGACGGUGCAUCCCACUUUGGGAGCGCAGGCGCGGACGUUCGUCUGAAUGCGCUCACCGAGAAGGCAACACACGACGUCAGGACUCUGCAGACGGUCAUUCGUAAGCGAUCACACAGCGAUAAAUAUACACAACGUGGCUUACCCAACAUCGGAAGCCAAUCCUAUUAGACGACCACAAGCAUCAUCACGAGACCGAGUACGUGACAAGGCUGCGGGAUCUGCACAUUCAUCACCACCACAUUCAACACCAUGUGCAACCACUCGUUGACGACUCGAGUUCGAAGGAGCAACACUUCUACCAAAGCAUGCCUGUCCAAGAAAAAAUUGGUACGUCUCUCUGAUUUGGUGAACCAAAUCGUACUCGUGAAACUAAAGGAACAAUAUGAAUCGCAACAGAGCAAAGAACCAACUCGCCAAAUGAUCUCGAAUUGUGGGCACUGUUGAACAAGCAGCGCCAUACCGAAACCCAAACUUGCCACGAGCGCAUCGUUAUACAGAACGGCGAACAGGUCCUCGAGACGGUGCAUUGCCAUGUGAGCGUUUCUUCUAAAACCGCGGUCCAAUUGUGUAUCUUCGGAGCGCCUGAUCCCACACGCAAUCAUUUUCCAAAAGGUCCACAACAUUAUUCAGCCCGUGAUUUAUCGGGAUAGGCCCGUCCCUUCAGUGUGUACGAGCCCAAACGUUGUUCGUUGA